AUGGCAGACGUGCCCUCGGCUGUUGACGAAGUGGACUUGGAUCCACGAGAGGAGUCGAAUGACGUGCCCAUGGCCGUCGAUGACGUGGAUGUGGACCACCGAGAAGAGCUGAACGAGCUAAAGCGGCAACUGGAGAUGGCACGAAGGGAACUGGACCUGAUAAGGUCGCAGAAGAACGAGCCCAAUAAAGGCGGCACAAAGGACGGCUACCAGGCUGGGCGAGACAAGCAGCCAAGAUCGAGAAGAUUGACUGCGAGCGAAUACAGGCGAUUCUCAGGGAAGACGCCGAGGAGGCCCGGUGAGUCCUUAACUUUGCUGAGUGAGGGCGAAGUGAGUGAGAAUGAAAGCUGCGUGAGUGAGGCGUUGAGCCGUCGUAGUGAGGCGUUGAGCCGACGUAGCAGCCAGGAGUCUAGCUCACUCGUAGAGAACCAGUUAGGAGCGUAUUUAAAAUAUGUUGCGCUGCCAGAAGUUCGAACAUUCGAACUCAGAACUGGUCUGACGAAGAGGAUUGGUAGCGGUAUUAGCGGAGGCCUACAGGCACAGACUAGCAGGGUUGUCGCGCUAGGAAAACUGAGAAGGUCGAGAAAAAGCGACGAGCAGUCUGUAGCAGAAUACUGCGUUCAGUUAGAAAGGCUGUCAGCGAUAGCAUACCCCGAACUAGAUGAGGGAGCGCUAAUGACGGCAAGAGCUCAGCAGCUAUACGAGCAGGUCGUUCAUUGGCCAGAGUCAGUGUAUUUUCUGGAAGCCAUGGAGACAAGUGGUAAAGAUGCGUACAACAAUUUGAAAGAAGCGGUUUUGCGAGUAGAAAGAAGAAAGCUGAUGGUGGAGUGUACCAAGGAUCAGCACGAGCAAGAAACGGAAACCAAACGGCGUAAUAUUAAGUAUUCGCGGUCGUUUCGAAGUGGCAGUGAUGGAGCAGCCCUGCGCAAGACUGACCGUAGGGAAGCGAACAGUGACAUGCGGGAGAAGGUGACGGGGCCCACGGAUCAAUCCGAGUCUCGUGUCAGACCUAUAAAGGGCCAGAUACAAUGCUUCAACUGUAAGGGCAGAGGACAUAUGGCCAGAGACUGCAAAAAGGGAAACGACGUUGGAAGUAAAGCUACUGACGUGGAAACAAGUACCGCUCGGUGCACCAAGGACAUGACCGGACAGCAAUCAGGGGUGGUAUCACCAUUUGGGGAGAAGUCCACCACCAAAGUGACCAUCUUUGGAAAAGUUUGGCCUGCGCUGCUCGACACCGGUUCUGAAAUUUCGAUACUUCCACUUAAAGUAUUGCAACAAAUUGAGAGUAAAGGUCGUCGAUUGAGGGAAUAUCCUGUCGACCAGAAUAAAAAGAUUCUGGAUGCAUCUGGAAACCCGAUGAAAUUUAGGAAAAUAGUCGAGGUCCCUUUAAAGGAAGGCAGCGAAGGAGAGAUAAUUCUUCAGAUGCACGUAUCAGUAGAAAAGGGCCAUCUGCUUGUCUUGGGGACAAACGCCUUACAAGCCUUGAACUAUACGCUAGUUCGGUUGCCGAACGGAGAAGAUCGGCAAGAGAAGGCAAACGUAGUGCGGGGCGUAGAUAAAGCCACGGUGUGUAGGAGAGCCUAUGUAGCCCCAGGUGAACUCAAAUGGGUAACAAUAAAAGGUGGGGCACGGGAUACAGAACGCCUGCAAGUGGAUUCGUUCGGGCUGUGCGUUGUAGACGAAGUAGGCGUGGCAAAAAUCCCGGUGUGGACAGAGCCCCUAGUACUGAAAGUAAGUCAAGAAGUAGGUGCCUGGGAGGAAAACGAGGUCGAGUAUUCCAAAGUAAUUGCGACAGAAGUGCCAACAGAUAUGCUGGUGUUAGGGAAACCGACACUGCAAGCUGAGGAGAGGAAACAAGUGCUCAACGAGUACCUGAGAAGCAACAGAGAGAUUGGAGCAUCUGAUGAGCCUGAGCUGUGGAAGCUGAUUGAU